CAGCGUUAGCGCUUAGGGCGAAAGAAAGCAAGAUGUCGGCGUCCUUGACCAAAGCGGGAUUUUGGAGGUUCCUGGUGAGGAAGGCCGCGGUGGGCAGUUCGGGCCCCCCCGGAAGCAGAGCGCUCCACGUCACGGCGGCACACUGCAAGAACCGAGCGGCUCGCGUCCGAGUGGGCAAAGGGGACCGGCCUGUGACCUACGAGCAGGCGCUGAAACCUCACGACAUCGGCCACCGCAAAGGAUGGCUGUCGCAGCACACCGGUAACCUGAAAGGCGAAGACGGCGCCGCCGACCGCACGGUGGAGGACGCCUUCGUCCGCCGCUUGAUGUUCGGCACCUUCCACGGCUGCCUGGCCAACGAAGUGGUGAUCAAGAGGCGCGCGAACCUGCUGACCGUCUGCGUCGUCGCGCUGCAAAAGCUGCCGCCGCAGAAGUUCUACUUCCUGAUCGGCUACGCCGAGUCGCUGCUGUCGCACUUCUACAAGUGUCCCGUCAAGAUCGACGUGCAGACGCUGCGCGAGAAGCAAGUCUACAAAUAUCUGUGACGACCAAUCCGUCAAUCCUUCAACCCCCCCCCCCCCCCCCAAUUUCGGAACAAAAUCGGCCGUCACCGGGUUGGUUUGUGUACUUUUGCGAAAUAAAGUCCAACAAGUACUUCACUCAUUUUGGUGUGUCGCGGACGCCGGUUGAGAUUUGACACAAACGUGGUUCGUAGGCCUUCAGAAAAGUGGAACAUUCCUCCGUUUGUUUUGGGGCCGCAGGCACGCCGGAGCUUGUCGCGGCGGCGCAAGCCGAGACGGCCCUCGGCGCUUACAUUCACGCCUACGUGCAAUUUAAACUUUUCAGUCAAGGUAUCGCGCGUGUGGGGUUUUUUGGGGUACUGGGAGAGAGCUCGCCAAACUAUGCAAUAAAAACAAUACAAAUAAAUGA